UUCAAUUUUUACGUUUUGUUAAUUUUUCGUUCUUGUAAAUUAAGUAAUCUCCUCAAUUCUAGUCCAGAACACUUGUGCAGUGUUGUUCUAACACUGGUUGUAAUCAAGCUCGUGUUCGUGCGUGAGAUUUUGUCGCUGGAAUUCCGCCGGCUGUGAAUCAACUUUCCGAUAAGCCCAAAAGUGUUGCUGACGCAAUAAAACGCCUCAGCGAACGCUUCCACGCAACAAAGUAGCCAUGUGGAAUCAGGACAAAAAGGAGCCGGACGAAGAUCUGGUCCCGCGGGACUAUCAGCAGCAGAUGAAGGAUAUUUGCUUACGGAAAAACACGAUAGUCUAUCUACCGACCGGAGCCGGUAAAACCUAUAUCGCGCUGAUGGUAAUGCGUGAGAUGAGUCACCAGUUGCGGUCCAACAUCGACGAUGGUGGAAAGCGGUCUUUCUUCCUCGCUAACACGGUCGCGUUGGCCAAGCAGCAGGCCCAAUUCUUCUGUCGGUUCUUCCCGUUUAACGUGCGGCUGUACACGAGUGAGGUGAACGUGGACACCUGGAAGCAGGACCGAUGGUUGAACGAGUUUCGCGAAGUGCAGAUUUUGGUAUCAACGUCGCAAAUUUUGCUCGAUAUCCUUCGUCACGGAUACCUCUCUCCCAGCAACAUCAAUCUGAUCGUGUUCGACGAAUGCCACCGUGCAGUAGGCCAGCAUCCGAUGCACGCUAUAAUGAAGGAACUCAUGGGCGUACCGAAGAACUGCCAGCCGCGUGUCAUAGGCCUCUCGGGGACACUGCUGUAUCGGGAGCUGAAGUCGAAGACACAGGUGGAGGAGGAACUGGAACGCCUCGAGAAUACGUUUAGCGCGACGAUCGCUACGGUUGGCGAUUAUGAUGAGUACACUAGCAUGUGCUCGUUUUCAACUAAUGCCCAAGAAAAGAUCUGUGUAUACAGCAACAGCUUCCUGGAGUCGGUGCCCGUCGUCAAGAUGGUAAUUGGAAUGGUCAUGAAGUUUGGGGAGCAGAUCGAGAAAAUACAUCUACCCAAGUACAACCUACAAUCGGCGUCGACCCUGCGCGUCAGUGCACCGAAGCCGACGAAGGAGGUGAAGCGAGCUCUGAACGAGUUCCAGUCACAGCUGUUGGAGCUCGGUAUCUUUGGUGGCUCGAUCGCGAUAUUAGGCAUCAUCGUGGAGAUGGAGCUGAACAAACGGAAAUCAGAGUGCUCCAAAGCACGCGCUCUCUACCGCAGCAUGAUUUCAUUUUGCGAGGAGGUGUACUGUGUGCUGCAGAGCGUGAUGAAGGAUAUGCCUAUCCGCGUGCAGGUGAUGAAGUUUUCAAGCGAUCGUGUACGCAGGAUGAUCAAGUAUCUCGAGCAAGAGUACAGCGGCACGGUAGACACAGAGAAACAGGCCCUGGUGUUUGUAAAGCGCCGCUUUAGCGCCAAAGUGCUCUAUCAUGUGCUGCGGCUCUACUUUGGCCAUGAUGAACAAAACGUACCGGAUGAGGAUUCCAUCAUACGGCCCGAGUUCAUCGUCGGCGUUAACCGACCGAUGGAGGAAUCGAUCGAGCAUAUUAUUGUUGCGAAACAUGAUCGACAAGUGAUCAAAAAGUUCCGCAAACAUCAGAUUAAUGUGCUUUGCGCAACCAACGUACUGGAGGAAGGCAUCGACCUCCAAAUGUGCAAUAUUGUGGUCAUGUUUGAUGAACCGCUCAGCUACAGCUCGUACAUGCAAUCGAAGGGCCGGGCACGUAUGAAAUCGAGUACGUACCUGCUAAUGGUAAACGACGAAGAUCGCAGCAAAUUCACUGCCCGCAUUCAGCUAUACCACGAUAUCGAGAAUACGCUGAAGAAGGCGCUGAUUGGCAAAACGAUCAAUCGCCCGGAGCCGCUGGAGCAUGAUGUGCGAAAGGAGCUGCUGGAUGAUAUAACCGCUCCCUUCAUAACACCGGCCGGUGCGAAGCUCGAUCUCACGUCCUCGGUACAGCUGCUGAACCGGUAUUGUAUGAGCAUGCCGCGUGAUCUGUUCACUGGCACCAACGUGGCCUGGGAGCGGAUCGAGCAGCACGGUAAGAUUUGCGUUACGGUGAAGCUUCCGCUACAGUCGACGAUCCGCGAAGUUGUGCACGGUGAACCGAUGAAAAAUUUGAAGCUGGCCAAGCAAUCGGCCGCUUUUAAUGUUUGCAAGCAACUGUACGAAGUCGGUGAACUAAGCAUGCAUCUGCUCCCGGUGACGGUGAAGGACAAGGUGCAGCAGGUUGAAGAUCUUUACUUCAGCCACUGGCGAGCAGUCGGUGUAGAGACAAAACCCAAACAAGCCGGACAGGCGAACAACGUCCGCUGCUAUAGGGUACACUACCCGGCCGAAUCGCAACACUGCACCCCCCGUACGGACACGGACGAGUGCUAUGUUUACAUUUUGCGCACGAAGGCACUGUUCGAGCGUGGCACACAGGGCGAUAACAUUGCCAUUUUUAGCGAUCUGUACAGCAGCUCCAACAAUUUCGGUAUCAUGACGCGCAAACCGCUUCCAUCGUUGGCCCCAAUGCAGUUGUUUUGCUCGCUUGGCAAGAUCGGUGUGGAGGUGGUACGGGAACCAUUGCGCAUUACCCUGGACCCGGGUGCCGGUGGUGAGCAGCUGGCCAAACUGAAGCGCUUCCAUCUGCUGCUGUUUCGCGAUCUACUACGCCUGUGGAAGCAGUUUAUUGCGCUCGAUGUAGAGGCGGCCGAGAAUGGGUUCUUGAUUGUACCGAUGGCCGAUUCGAAGACGAUCGACUGGAAGCUGGUGGACACGUUUCCUUACCUACAACAGUCGGAGGAACCGACUACACUAGCCCGCCAGCGAAUGAUAUUCAACGCCGAAGGCUACCGGAACAGGGUCAUACAUCCGUGGUACAAGAGCGACCCGAUGCAGAAUUACGUCGUGGUGAAGGUGCACGAAGAGCUUAGCCCCCUGAGCCCGUUCCCGAAUGGGGCGUACAAAUCAUUCGAGCACUACUUCUCGGCCCAACACCAGCAGGUGAUCGUGCGCCCGGAUGAUCAGUUUCUGAUCGAGGUGAAAGGUAUCAGCACGAACCUGAACCUGCUGCAUCCCGGUACCGAGCAGGAUGGGGGCAACGCGCGCUCCAGAAGGCGCGAUUUUCAAGAGCUGCUCAUACCGGAACUUGUCCAUAAUUUCGAGUUUCCGGCGGACUAUUGGUUAAAGGCGACACUGCUACCGAGUGUCCUGCAUCGGGUGCACUAUCUGUUGAUCGCGGAGCAGAUUCGGCUUGAUCUGGCCAACAGUGUGCAAAUCGGUACGGUGCGAUGCGACCGCAUCGAACCGCUCUCGGUGGAUCGCGAGGUGACGCUGGUUACGCAGAAGGCUGCCUCGUACAAGGUGUCCGAUUUCGGCGAUAGUUUCGAGGAAGAGGAACAGGAGGAUGACGAGAUGGACGGUGGUGGUGAUGCCAGUGAUGACGAUGAUGAGAUGCGGGUGGAGAAGCUGCGCGAAAUGUUGUUGAAGCUGAACAUGGAUACGGCAGUGGAUACGAUCGUGUAUCCAUGGAAAGAAGAGGAACUCCCGGUCGACAUUGAUCGCCACUGGGAAAGCACUUCCCGUGUCGACCUCGAUUACUACUGCAGUUUCAUCGAGAAGUAUCAGACCAAUGCCGGUGCACUGAAGGAGAAUACCGUUCGCUCAUUUACCGAGCGCUCUGUACCGGAGCUCGAACUCGAAGCACUAACGCUGAACGACUCAUCAUCGACCGGUGAGGAUAAACCGGUUGGAAGGGGCGUUGACAAUCGCGGCACGAAGCCUAGUGCUCCACUUGCGAUCGAAGAUGGAUUGGGACCCCCGGGUGAGAUCAAAAUUUUGAAACUCACUCCCGACAGUACGGCUAACGUGAGUCUGCAGCAGGCGGAUAUUCUGCAGGCCCUCACGUCCAAGCAUGCGCACGACGUGUUCAAUCUGGAACGAUUUGAAUUGCUCGGCGAUGCGUUUCUGAAAUUCUCGGUGUCGGCGUUUCUCCUGAUGCGGCACGUCACCUGGCACGAAGGUUAUCUAACGACGUGCAAGGGCCGCAUGGUGAGCAAUCGGAAUCUGCUGUACUGUGCGAUGCAGUAUGGGUUACCGGGCAUGCAGAAGGUCCAUCGAUUCGAUCCGCGCAACGAAUGGCUUCCACCGUUGGCGACCGUACCCAAGGUGAUCCGUGAGGCCAUGAUCAAGGCGAAGGAGAUGCCCGCACUGCUGUUCAAGCUAGAACUGAGCGAGGAGGAAGUGCAAUCCGGCAUUGUGCAGCAAUCUAAGAUCGAUGCGUUCCUACCAAUGAUUAAAGAAUCAGAAGAGGAAUCACGAUCAACGCUGAUGGCAGUGCUGCAGCACGUACAGGUGUCGGACAAAACAGUAGCCGACUCCAUGGAAGCCCUGUUGGGUGUGUGCGUGAAGGCAGUCGGGUACGAGCGUUCGUUCCGCGCUCUAUCACAUUUCGGAAUCAUGCCACGCGAUACCGAUUUGGCCAAAUUGCUGCGCACACACGAGUACACCGUACUGAAUUAUCAGGAUGAGCGUGAGACGAUCGACCGCUUGCUGAUCAACCCGGAGAAGAUUGAACGGACGGUCGGGUAUAAGUUCCGCAACCGGACCUUCCUGCUGCAGGCGUUCACCCAUGCAACGUACACCACAAACACACUCACCAAGUCGUACGAACAGCUCGAGUUUCUUGGUGAUGCCGUGCUCGACUUCCUCAUCACUCUCUACAUCUUCGAGCGCAACCCACACAUGUCGCCCGGGCAGCUGACCGAUUUGCGGUCCGCACUCGUCAACAACGUGACGCUGGCGUGCGUGUUGGUGCGAUUCCGGUUACAUCACUACAUCCUGUCUCAGUCACCCAUGCUGACGGAUAAGAUUGACAAGUUCGUGGAGGUACAGGGCCAGAAGCGCAACCGGAUCGGCGACUGGGUACGACUGCUGACGGAGGAAUCCGAGACACCGCUCGCCGAGUACGUCGACGUGCCGAAGGUGCUGGGUGACGUGUUUGAGGCUCUCAUCGGGGCCAUCUAUCUCGAUAGCGGAUGUGAUCUGGUGACCACGUGGCGCAUCUGCUACUCGCUGCUCCAACGAGAGAUCGAGAACUUCUCGUUGGACACCCCCAUCCAGGUGGUGCGCCAGCUGUACGAACAUCAGGAUGCCCGGCCUCACUUCAGUGCACCGCGCGUCGAGGAUGAUGUGGUGAUCGUGCGGCUGCACUUCACCCUGCGCAACCAGAGACUGAAAGUGUUUGGUUGCGGCCAAAACAAGGAGGAUGCCCGCCGGGCAGCCGCCAAGCUCGCUCUCACCAAACUUCGCGGCUAGUUGCAUGACAAUUCUUGAUCGACGUUGUAAAACAGUCCCGAUAGCCUUACGUCUGUUUAGCUGUAAGUUACGUUUGUGUACGUCAUUUGAAAUGCUUCCCUUAUUCGAGGGAAUAUAGAGCUUCCAAUGCUGCGUUAUAAAUAAGAAUGGGGCCUUCGCGAGGUUCUCUGUUGUAACAAUUAUA